CCCGGGAGGCGGAGGCGCGGGGGAGGAGGCCCCGCUUGGCUCCGCAGCCCCGGAUGCUGCAUGACUUCAUCUUUCCGCCGGCUCCCCUGCUAGGCUAGGGCCGGUCCGGCAGCUAGCCCGCCGCCCGCGCCCCGCCGCAGUCCCGCGCCCACCCCGCACCCGCCAUGUCCGAGAUCCUGCCCUACAGUGAGGACAAGAUGGGCCGCUUCGGCGCCGACCCCGAGGGCUCUGACCUCUCCUUCAGCUGCCGCCUGCAGGACACCAACUCCUUCUUCGCGGGCAACCAAGCCAAGCGACCCCCCAAGCUGGGCCAGAUCGGCCGAGCCAAGAGAGUGGUGAUCGAGGAUGACCGGAUAGACGACGUGCUGAAAGGGAUGGGGGAGAAGCCGCCGUCCGGAGUGUAG